GGUGUGUUUGCAAAAUACUGAGUUCCCCGCCUGUCCGAUCUCCCCGGUCUGUGGCCAGUAAGCAGCAUCAGCAAACGCACAGACCGCCGGAUGAGAGCUGAGUCCUAGACUGCACAUGGCCGCAAGGCCAUUAAACCGUGUAGACACGGCACCGAGCACUGGAAACCCAGCUGUUGCUGGACGACAGCGUCUCGGCGCAGAGCUGCACUUUGGGGAAAACGACGACGGGUCACACGUGACGCUCCUCGGCCGGAAAGAACGGGGGCGCAGUGAGACUCGCCCGCGCCCGGGACAACCACGGGGGCGGGAAGCCGGCUGCUACUGAGGUGGCCUCAUCUUCCCUCCUACGAUCACCCACAGUGUUAAUCGAUUGCUUGACGAUUAUUUGACGGCUUUUGUGGCUGAAUCUGAGGAAACGUUUGUACCCUAUCUUGGAACAGCUCACAGCCCGCCAGUGGAUUCUAACGGAGGUUACCAAGAGAAGCCUUACGUCUGUGUCCCUGAUUUUGGUGCUGGCGUCGUCGAUGGCCUCAACAUAGCCGAGCCGCCUUCCGGCUACCGGUCAAGACGCAAGAAAGCCUCGCGUUCUGAGCUGGGGGACGGCGCGCUCCACGGGGAGGACUCGCGGGCCGGAGGCUCCGCCCGGUCAGCUCGGCCCCUUUGUCCCCCCUCACGCGGCCGCGUCCCGCCCGGGGCUCCCCAGAACGGCCAGGGGCUGAAGCGCCUGGGCGCCGGGCGGCCGGUCCCUUCCCAGAGCCCGCGCCGUCCCCGCCGGGCCGCACCCGGGCCAGGCGGGGCCUCCAGGCCACCGCCCACCGCGGGACACCGGCCAGGCCACUUCUCUCCGGAACCGCCAGGGCGUCUCCCCCGGAAGCGAUCUCACGACCUCCAAGGGCGGCUUCCGAUCUUGCCGGAAGUGACGGACGGAGGCCGGUGCUCGCGCGACUGCGGAGGGCGAGGUGACCCCGGGCCGCCGCCGCGAUGGGCCGCGAGUUUGGGAACCUGACGCGGAUGCGCCAUGUGAUCUCCUACAGCUUGUCCCCCUUCGAGCAGCGCGCCUUCCCGCACUACUUCUCCAGCGGGAUCCCCAACGUGCUGCGCCGCAUUCGCGCGUCCGCCCUGCGCGUGGCGCCGCCAUUCGUGGUGUUUUAUCUUGUCUACACGUGGGGGACCGAGGAGUUCGAGAAAUCCAAGAGGAAGAAUCCAGCUGCCUACGAAAAUGACAAGUGAGCUCCUCUCUGGAUAGCGUCUCCCCGUCCCUGAAACCGGGAGGGUCCUUCUCUGGGAGAGGAGUCUGCGUCGUGGUGUCUUGAAGACGCAAUAAACUUGCAUGGGCAGCACUGCUGUGACUUUACAUUUUUGUGAGUGGAAUCCUUGGUGUGACGGCUGUGGUUUAAGUGCGUGACGCUCCCCUCCUCCGCGUGGGUCCCGAACAGUCUUCCCUAGGCUGAGGUUUCGGUGAAGGAGCAGAGCUCACCCUCGGCUCUGUAAUCCACAAAACGCAGCUGCGGCUGCUGCAGGUCACCAUCUGCGGGUGGCCCGGGCUGCGGGAGGAGUGGUUUGUGGCCCUCUGCUCCCGUAACAACAAUAAAGUCUAGUAACUACAUUGUAA